ACUGGGUGUUAAAGGGAUGCAACUGUUCUGCGACAGACAGCAGAGCAGAGCCUAUACCUGAGAAGCUGCCCUCCAGAUCAGAUAACCUAUCAGGCUCCAGGAGGCCCUCUCCUCCUGAAAGGACUUUAGUCUUUGGAGCUGCCAGCUGAGCUGAGUGAGACAAGAGCUGAGCAGGGCAGGGCGGGCUGGGAGGGAAAGGAGGGAACACAGGUAAGGACUGCCUGCUGCCCACUCAAGACCCACAUCAUGGAGCCCAGGGGGGGCCGUUUUCGGAGGAGAGAUGGGCCGAAAGGGGAGCAGGAGGAGCGACACUCUGGAAAAGGAAAUGCUGAGACGCACAGAGCCCCAGACUUGGUGCAAUGGUCUCAACAUAUGGAGGCUGUGAAGACACAGUUGCUGGAGCAAGCACAGGGACAGCUAACAGAGCUGCUGGAUCGGGUCAUGUGGGAGGCUGUGCAAUCCUAUCCCCAACAAGGCAGGCCUCUGCCCUCCACUCCCCUAGAUUCCUUGAGCAGGCUGGUGCUGGAGUUUGAGCUACUGAUCUUCAGCUUCGGACAGCUGCCCCUGGCGCUGGUCACGUGGGUCCCCAUGUUCCUGUCCACGCUGCUGGUGCCCUACCAGGCCCUGCGCCUGUGGGCGAGGCCGGGGCCCAGGGGCGUCGCCUGGGCGUUGCGGGCGGGCCUGGGCUGCUCGCUGCUGGCCGCCCACGCCGCGGUGCUCUGCGCGCUGCCGGUGCACGUGGCGGUGGCGCAGCAGCUCCCGCCCGCCUCGCGCUGCGUCCUGGUCUUUGAGCAGGUCAGGCUCCUGAUGAAGAGCUACUCCUUCCUGAGAGAGGCUGUGCCUGGGACCCUUCGUGCCAGAGGAGGUAAGGGGACUCAGGCUCCCAGUUUCUCUAGCUACCUCUACUUCCUAUUCUGCCCCACACUCAUCUACCGGGAGACUUACCCCAGGACACCCAACGUCAGGUGGAAUUAUGUGGCCAAGAACUUUGCCCAGGCCCUGGGCUGUGUGCUCUACGCCUGCUUCAUCCUGGGUCGCCUCUGCAUUCCUGUCUUUGCCAACAUGAGCCGAGAGCCCUUCAGCACCCGUGCCCUGGUGCUCUCUAUCCUGCAUGCCACAUUGCCAGGCAUCUUCAUGCUGCUACUCAUCUUCUUUGCCUUCCUCCAUUGCUGGCUCAACGCCUUUGCGGAGAUGCUACGAUUUGGAGACCGAAUGUUCUACCGGGACUGGUGGAACUCAACGUCCUUCUCCAACUACUACCGCACUUGGAACGUGGUGGUCCAUGACUGGCUGUACAGCUACGUGUAUCAGGAUGGGCUGUGGCUCCUUGGUGGCCGGGCCCGAGGCGCAGCCAUGCUGGGCGUGUUCCUGGUCUCUGCAGUGGUCCAUGAGUACAUCUUCUGCUUCGUCCUGGGGUUCUUCUACCCCGUCAUGCUAAUGCUCUUCCUUGUCUUUGGAGGGCUGCUGAACUUCACAAUGCAUGACCAGCACACAGGCCCAGCGUGGAACGUGCUGAUGUGGACCUUCCUCUUUCUGGGCCAGGGCAUCCAGGUCAGCCUGUACUGCCAGGAGUGGUAUGCACGGCAGCACUGCCCCUUGCCCCAGGUAAGGCACUACAACUCUUGCCCAGCUCCCCAUCCGACAGGACACAUCCCCUUCCAAAAAGCCAGCCCCUUUUUAUUCCCCAAUUCAACAGCCAUGGUCAGGCACCAAGGCCUGGCUUGGGGGUGAUGGGCUCCCAUGUCUUGGAUGCACAGGGUGGGUCACCAAGAGUGACCUCAUUCAUAAUUCACCCUUCUCUGGCUUAGACAACCUUCUGGGGGCUGGUGACACCUCGCUCUUGGUCCUGCCAUACCUAGAGGUCAGGGCACCCUCACUGCACAGAUGACACCAUCAAAUUCUUCUCUGCCUGCAAAGCCUGGACCAGAGCUCCUGUCUGCGUUUCCAAACAUGGUUCUCAGUCGAUGGGUCCUGCAUGCCGGACCUGGCCAGGGAAUUGCAGGGACUGAGGUCAGUGGACCUGUAGGUAGCUAAGCACAGACUCAGCAUGGGGGUGACUCGAGCCCUAUCCCCGUGGAUUGGGCACACGAUCCCCUACCACCCCACUACUGUCCAGACUUGGGAAGACUUGAGGGACCUUACAGAUUUGGUGAAUGUGGGGGGACUCAGGAGAACUGGGGCCACCAAGGUUGAGAAGGGUUUUGUUCUUGACUUUGUACUCCUUCCAAUACAAUAAACUCU